UUUCGGCUCCAAGGAUCGCCAUUUCACGUACUGGUCGCUCCAAACAAGGGUUUGGCGGCAUGGAGCUUCCGACUCCCAUUUUGCUCAACAUCUCAGGAGCAGGUGAAUCGACCACUCCGACUCCAAAAAGCCUUUUUCACCGAGCAGUCAAAGCAGCCUCGUUGGCAUUGGAUGCAAUCCCGCGAUGGACUGGCAUGGACCUUGCCGUGCCUGGACCGCUGGUCAGCCACGAAGCUUUAAAGCAAGAGAGCGCAGUGAAGGAUCCAAAGCAGCGGAAAGUCCGCUUCCAGGAGCCUGACAUUAUUGAGGUGCCGAGUUGGAAAGAUGAAACACGGCAGAUGUAUUUCAAUUCGGCCAUUGAUCAGGACGACCUCCUGGAAGAUGCGAUCGAUCUCUUGGUGAAGCAAAUGCAGCGCUUUGUCUCCUCUCGCGUAGCGCUCUUGGUGACCUCAACCGCAGCGCUAACGGGCAUGGCUGUUAUGGGGAUGAGUGAGAACCUUUUGCAGAUGUAAUUAGAGCUCGUUUCACCAUGGCUGCAGUUGGCCUAUGCCAAUGGCAAGCUAGAGCUGUCCAGAACAGCUUGAAGCAAGAAACAUGCUGUGCACAGCGGCUGAUGUUCAAGUGGGGGUUACUAAGGCUAGGCUAUGACUAAGUGUUAUCUCCGAUCGUGCACGCAUGGUCAUUUCUUGGGUCAAAUGUGCGCCCUAAAAUCAUUAUCCAAAUUCGCUUGCAGCUUGGAAGGCAAGUUCCAUUGGAAGUUGGAUGCGGACCACUUGAAACUUCAUUCAGAUGAAUUCAGCUGUGAAGCUCUCCAUGAGCGAGAGCCCUGCUUGAUGAAUCCUGCAAUAGGCCCUUGAUGUCUUGUGUCACUGUUUGCUGUUGUUUCUUUACAAUGCCGGGAUUUGUUUGGCAAACGCAACCGGACUACGCGUGUCACUACGAUGGCACAACUCCUGUGCCAUGGCGAUCCCUGCUUGCCACACGGCUAUGACUCCUUUGCCAAAGGUUGUUUAACUUCGAACUAUUUCGAUCCAUCUCAAGGCGCUGGGGGCUGGCAGAGUCGACGACUCGCCAAGAGAAGCUGAAGAUCUCCGGUUCUCCGAAGAGAGCGCCACAAAUCGAGAUCUUCCAGGAACGAAGGCAAGAGCCAGCAAGAAGAAGCCCAGUGUUCAAGACUUUUCGCCGUGCGGAGAGAAAAAGCUCGGAGGAUUUCAGCAUGCGAAACGUAUGUGCUUGGCAGGAUAAAGAAGGCCACGAAGGAAGAUGUUGCCGCGGUGGCGGCCAAUUGUCUUUAUGAUGGC